AUGAACCUACCAAACGGAAUUGUGCUGCUGCCGUGGACAACAACUUCGAUGACGCCGCCAACGCCCGUGAUGGCACCUACUCCGGUUCCGGCACCAGGGUGGGGGUCGGGGACACCCACGGUGGUGUGCCUCGGCUCCCCCCUCCCGGGUUCGAUGAUGUCGCCGCCGAACAAUUCGCCACCUACGGUGGUAUUUGUACAACCGCCGGCGCGCCCACAGGGCCGGCGGACCCCGAGGUCCUAUAGUUGGGCGCGUCGAGAGCGCGUGCGACGAGCAAGGUGGAGAGGGCCACCGCCCAGAUAUGACGAUGAGAGUCGUGCGACGAGCAUUGCCCGUCGUCAGGAAGAGCCCGUGCAGGGUCGAAGGGAUGUGGAGGUUGAAGGAACUUUGGAGAGACGGGCACCCCUAAAAGAUGAAGAUAAUGAUCCACAGUGA